AUGGCCACCGGAGACAUCCCAACGUUCAAGUUGGUGCUCGUGGGCGACGGCGGCACGGGCAAGACUACAUUCGUGAAGCGCCAUCUGACGGGAGAAUUCGAGAAGAAGUACGUGGCCACCCUCGGCGUCGAAGUGCACCCCCUCCUCUUCCACACGAACCGGGGCCAGAUCCGGUUCAACGUCUGGGACACGGCCGGCCAGGAGAAGUUCGGAGGACUGCGCGACGGCUACUACAUCCAAGCUUCGUGCAUAAACCGGUUUAAUUUUCUUUUUUUGGGUCAAUGCGCAAUCAUCAUGUUCGAUGUGACGGCGCGAGUGACCUACAAGAACGUCCCGAACUGGCACCGGGAUCUGGUGCGCGUCUGCGAGAACAUCCCGAUCGUCCUCACCGGCAACAAGGUCGACGUGAAGGACCGAAAAGUCAAGGCGAAGACCAUCACUUUCCACCGGAAGAAGAACCUCCAAUACUACGACAUCUCGGCCAAGUCCAACUACAACUUCGAGAAGCCCUUCCUCUGGCUGGCCCGGAAGCUGCUCGGCGACCCGAACCUCGAGUUCGUCGCCAUGCCGGCGCUCGCCCCACCGGAGGUGACCAUGGACCCGACGAUGGUCCAACAGUACGAGCAAGAUCUCAAGGAUGCGGCCGACGCCGACCUCCCCGAUGACGACGACGACCUC